UCUCCAUCGGCCUACCACCUUGCUGGUUCUCUAAGCACACCAUGAAAGAGGAAGAAGACGAUUUUAAUUUUUUUGACGAUUUUUCAUCCGAUGAAGCGUUAAUAAACAAUGAACGACGAGCACGAAUGCAAACAAGUCUCAAAAACAAGCUCGCCAAGUUUUCCAACGACCCACUGAAAAGAACAACACAAGAGAACCGCACUGUUUUCAAUCGCAAUAGACUUUUAGAUCCUGGCCACUUCCAAACACCACAAAAACGGCAGCAUGUGUUCACUCAAACGGAAUGCAACACCAUUUUGAAUCAGUGUCGCGAAUUGACCACUACAGAAUGGACGACUGCCCGCCAUUCAGCGUUUCCAACAACUGAUAUUCCUAUUCGCGACGCCAUUGCAACGCUCGCUUAUAUAACAGACAUGGUGCGUGAACGACUGUUUCCUCAACUAGCAAGCUAUUUUGGUUUCCAUCCUACCCGAGAUUUGGAUUUCCGGGAUGUGUUUAUCGUGAAAUAUGCUGCAGACGCACAACGUGGACUCAAGCUACACACCGACGGGUGUUUGGUGUCAUUUAAUAUAUUAAUCAGUCAUCAGGAUGAUUUUGAAGGCGGUGGUACCUAUUUUGAAUCGAUCGACGACGAUGUUCACCUCACUCAAGGCGACUGUGUCUUUCAUGACGCACGGAUUAUGCAUCGUGGUAUUGAUAUUACGCGAGGGGCGCGUUAUAUCCUGGUCGGGUUCGUGGAUACCGUGGAUACACUGGCAAAGGAUAAAAUGGCACCCAAAAAGAAUCUUCGUGAACAACACAUACUGUAGAGUGUUGCAGUCUAUGAAUUAGUCGUUGGCCAACGAUCGUAGAUCGCUCCUAUUGUUAAUAUGAUCAAUGUAGAGAUAUACAUGUAUUAAUAGACAACUGAAAUACUACUUCACAUGCUAUGUAAAUAAAGUAAUACCUUUUGGCAGACACGAUCUUGAAUGUGACAUCGGCGUCUUUAUUGUUUCGUUUUGCUUC